AUGUCUCCCAAAGGGAAGCCUUCUUUCUUUCAACACAGAUAUCCGUCUCUCCCUGCUGCUCCAAGCCUGCUUGGAACCGUGGCAGAUGAACCCAAAAAGCCUCUCCGCAUGCCAGAAAUCCAUCCUCAUCGUCAUAAAAUCACAAGGCACACGGUGCGAUUUGAGCAGUCACCCCAUCGUGUGGAAGCAUAUCCUCAGCAAGCCGCAGAGUCCGGCCUUUAUCAAAUGCUCAAACUCGAUUUAUCGCAACACAAACUCAAAGCCGCUGUUAAUGUUGGCGAGACCUGCGGAUCUCACCUAGGGAAUCGCCCAAGCAUAGGUCGCACUCAACGGUUGAGUCCUCCAGUAUUCUGGAGCCUGUCAUCCGUUGGACCCUUUCUGGCCUGGAACACUGAUCGAGAGAGAUAUCAUCCGGAGCGGGUUGAACCUAAGCUCAAAUAA